AUGAUCCUACCACAGCAAGAUGCUGAGAGCUUGCGUAUCCUCCUGAGCCAGAGCAUUCCCCCAGCCUGCCACGAGGCGUCAGGGUUCAUGUUCAUCCUGAUGAUCAUCCUCACUGCUUUCCUGUGCGGGCUCAACAACAUCUACGUGCACUACCAGGAGUCCAAGUGGCUGGGCAACUUCAACAAGACGUUCCCGUUCCUGUUCUGGACCAUGUUCGGCAUGGAAGAACACCGCGUGGUGGACAUGCCCCGGGUCCUCGUGGCCCAGUUUGUGGGCCGGGCGCUUUACGGCAUCUUCACCAUCGUUGUGGUCAUCGUCCCCCUCAACGUGCUCAUUGCUGUGAUCACCAACUCCUUCCAGAAGAUCGAGGAUGAUGCUGACGCAGAGUGGAAGUUUGCCCGCUCCGAGCUCUACCUGUCCUACUUCCGGGAGGGCCUGACGCUGCCUGUGCCCUUCAACAUCAUUCCCACCCCCAAGUCCCUCUUCUACAUGGCCAGGUAA